GUGAAUUGCGUGAACAUGCGCAGUUUGACCGAUUUCAUCGAAUUGUGUUUUGUGAAGGGUGGUGAAUUUUGACUGACACAAAGUAAUGGAUUAUAGCUUAUUUUGACAGUAGUGAAUAAACAUUAGCCUAUCGUAAAUAAAAACAUGUAAAAAGCGUGCGUCGUAGUUCAUUUUCUGCGGUUACCUGUGCAUAUUCUUACGUUAUAAAUAAAAGUAUUUAUGAAAACAUGGCAUGUAUAAUAGUGACAUUUGGGCGUCGUUGUAAAAAAACAAAUACAGUGAUGGAUUAAUAAUCAUCUUUUCUAAUGGAUUAAAAUAUUUCCUCGUAAUUAAAACACGGCUGCUACGUGGCGCCGUUAUGGACGACAAACGGGGUCUUCGUUUUGGCGGCUCCAAAGUCUCAGAAAUAGCCAACAGAUUUCAAGCAAAAUCAUCCCAUAGUGAAGAGAUUAUCGCACCUAUAAAAACCAAAAAGAUCACGUCAUGCUCAAAUGAACUAGUAGAAGAAAUAUCUGAGGUAAAUGUUAUAAGGACAGAAUCGCAUGUGACGAGAUUUAACAGUGCUCGAGCACUUUUUGAGAAACUAGGUGAAGAGAACCGGAACAAUCGCGAUAAAUUCGCACCUCUCCAAUGUACGAAAAGUGCUUCCGACAUUUGUGAUUCUAAAAGCAGGAGUAAUUUAUCUCACGAAGAUAACUUUGAUGCGGCCAAACACGGUAUUAGAUCCUUAUCUCCUAACCAAAGGGGGGUCCUCGAAGCAUGUCCAAUGGUAAAAAGUAACAAUAUUGUGGCUAGUUCUGAGAAUAAUGUAAUCAAAACAAAUGCACAUCAACAAACUAAAGUAUUAGUGAAGCCAGAAAAACCCGAAAAACCUCAGCGAAAAUUUAACAAUAAGGAAUUGAUUGAAAAGCAGCGAAAUUGGACUUCACAUUUUUCAAAAUCACGAACUUCACGUUAUAGCAGUGAUCCAAAUAAAACUGAAAAACUAGCUGUCAAUAAUGGUGAUUCAAAUAUACCCCAUGAGCACAAGGUAGCUAGCAGAAGUGCAUCUUUCAGUAAUCGAAUUACAGGCUCUUCGUCGUCAGUAGCUAAUGAAAAUUUUCGACGAAAUGACGUCAUUCGAAAAGAACGUCCAGCAUCGGUUAUUCCGACUAUGUGUAGUAACAAUAAUAAUGAAACGAGUCCUGCAACAAGUCCUACAAGGGUCACAGCGUCUAAAGAUAUUCAUAAACGUAAAGAGAGGAAUAGUAUGAUAUUAGUGGAGCCUCAUAGUGGGCCAAUAGAAACAUUUUCUGGUGAUGUGCCAACUGUAUCGCCCAGGGAAUUCGCUCAUUCCGUCACUACAGAUAAUAAAGAAACGAAGAAACGGAAAAUUUGUGAUCAAACAGAAGAACACUUUUAUCUUCCCUCUGAAUUAACUGAUAAUAAGGACGUUAGUCGGGAAAGUUUAUCAGUUACGUCUGGCAGCUUAUCGUCUCUAAGUCCUCCUACGAGUCCUGGAAAGUUGAAAUCCGAAAUUGAAAAGCAAGAAGAUGAAGGAAACGAGAAAUCCUUUCUUUCAGAUGUUACUGAUUCCGCUUGUUGCCUAAUAGAAGAUCGCUUAGAUGUUACGAAAAUUGCCGAAAAUAAUGCCAAUCGACUUGCAGAAUCUGAACCACUAACUUUUGAAGAUAGUGAUUCACAUUUGAAAGCAAAAGCAAAGUUUUUGUAUGAAAGUGAAGCUGAUAUGAAAUCAGAAAUAAAAUUAACUAACACCGAUAAGGAACCAGAAUCUAGAUUAACAGACGCCGAAAAAGAGGCUCUUUAUGCUGUUCCGUGUAAAAAUCGCAGACAAGAAAAAUGUCGCAUUCCACCUAAACCAGAUGUUUUGCAAUCAACAGUUAAAUGCGAUUCGUAUUUAAUUAGUUCACAAGAACACCCUAACAACAAACAAACUCAUAUGUUAUGUGAUAAAAAUAAUGAACAGUCUAAACAGAAGUGUUUGCAAGGGGAUGGUGUUACUAGAUCUGAAAGCUCUUCUUUAGAUUUUGAAAAUGAGAGUGAAUAUGCUACCAUAGAUGAUAUUGAAGCGGAUUCGAUGACUCCAACUGAAGAAGAACAUUUGUUGAGCACAAAAAUAUCGGAAAAACGGUUAGUGCCAAGCAGACAUGAUCUUCUCUCAGACGAAGAGGCACAAGAAGUUACAAGAUUAUUAAAUUCUAAAAGUCGACUAACCGACGAUUGGGCAACAGACACUUCCCUGUUUGCUGAACAGCCGGUGACAUCAACCAUGCCGUCUGAACCAACAUUUAAAAACUAUUGUGUAGAAAUGACUUCUGUGUCAGAAAAAUCAUUUGCUCAUUUAGAAGAUAAAGAUAAGGCUGAUAUUGAUGAAGAAGAGAAUAAUGAUAUGUCUCAACUUGAUUCGUUUGCUUUUAUAGAUAGCUCACCACCAAAUGAAUCAGUUGAAUCACCAAAACCUAGAAAAAAAUCGAAAGAAGUAGAGGAUAAAUUAGAUAGGGAAAAAAGUGAAUUUACUACUGAGUCAGUUCCUAUCGUGGGAGAGGAAAACGGUGUGCACUACUACGAAGAUGGUCACUUUUGGAUGGAAGUUCCAGGCCUUCUCCCCGAAUCGGAAGAGGAAGACGAUGAAUCUACUUGCUACACCCACAUACCAAAACCCACCAAAGUUGCAUUUUCGACCGAACCCAUGAAAGUCUAUUCCACUUUCAGCGUAACAGAAUAUGACAGACGGAAUGAAGACGUUGAUCCCGUGGCAGCUUCCGCAGAAUACGAACUUGAAAAACGGGUGGAGAAGAUGGAUGUAUUUCCUGUAGAACUUAUCAAAGGUUCCGAAGGACUUGGACUCAGUAUUAUCGGAAUGGGAGUUGGAGCGGAUGCAGGUUUAGAAAAACUUGGUAUAUUUGUGAAAACAAUAACAGCCAAUGGAGCUGCGGCGAAAGACGGAAGAAUCAAAGUUAACGACCAAAUUAUUGAAGUUGAUGGAAAAAGUCUUGUUGGUGUUACUCAAGCAUAUGCUGCAAGUGUUCUCCGGAACACUUCUGGACUUGUCAAAUUUAGUAUUGGUCGCGAACGGGACCCUGAAAAUAGUGAAGUGGCUCAACUUAUACGACAAUCGUUGCAAGCAGAUAGGGAGAGGGAGGAGAGGAGGCAGAAGGCUUUGGAGAUGGAGCAACAGCAGAGUGACGCCAGCACAGUACCCCUCACAGGUUCUGCAAAUACUAGUGUAUCAGAUGGUCCAAACAGUCCUUUAGUAAGCGCUGAAAAUUCUAUGGAUGUGGAACAGAGCUCAGACAUUGACUCUUUAAAAGUGCUUCUUCAAGAAUUGAUGGAACAAAAUGGUAUAAAACCGGACGAUUCCGAUAAAUUGGCUCAAUUAAAUCAGAAGCUUAAGGAAACUGAACGAAUUUUAGUGACAGCAAAAAAGGAGAUACAGACAUAUCAAAAUAUGUUGGAACAGUCUCAGUCUCAAUAUCUAGUGAUGGAAAAGAAGUAUACUAAAGCAAAACAAUUGCUUCGAGAAUUUCAACACCGCGAAUUAGAUAUGAUUCAUCGAGAAGACUUCUACCAACAACUUUUACAAGAAAAGGAUACAGAAUACAACGCUUUAGUGAAAAAUUUAAAGGAUCGUAUAAUAAUCCUAGAACAGGAUUUACUAGAAGCUCAACAAAAAGCGGGUUUGCCUUGUGUUCUCCCUAACGAUAAUUUAAAUUUAAAGCAACUGACGCCUCAAAUGACGAGGCGAGUUCCUCCUAAACCCUUAUUUAAUACUCUAGAAACAAAUUUGUCGGAUACUGAAAUUUCCGAUCAUAGUCCAGACGAUGAUAAGACUGCAACAGUUGAGAGAAAAGUUCCUUUGAAGGAAGAACUAGACAGGGUCGUCCCUCAACACGAAUUGCUGGACAUUUCCGUUAAUAAAAGUAAAGCGGAAUUGGCAAAUAGAGGUUCUCUGGCAAAUCGACAAUUACCUAGUGUUAAAAAAGGUUCCCUCAGUAAUAGCAGCAGUUCGGAUUAUGGGUUAGAUGAUAGUUACAAUUCGGGCGAUGAAGUCAAUUGCUGUAACGGCUCCAGUGGGAGAACGUUGAAUUCAAAUAUUUCAUAUUCACAACAUACGAGGUGCCAGGUUCAAACUAACACAGAAACUACACAGCAUGAUUUUCAAUAUAAUAAAGUACAAAAAUCAGUUUACGCUUCAUACAAUAAAAGGGUGGAACCCACGCCAGUUUAUGCAAAAGUUCAAAAAGAUUCUAGUCAUUCGGAAUAUACGAACCCUCCAGAUUCGGGGAUUAUAAAAAAGGGGAUCGGCAUGGGGCCCCCACCGUCACUUGCUGAACAAUUAAAAAAAGUUUUGUCAGAGAGGGAAAAGCGAUUCAGCUCUGAUACUCUGAAUAGUUCCUGUGAAGAAUUGACGGAAAAAUCAAAACACAAUGCCGCUCAACAUUUACUUGAAGAAAUUCGCCAAGCUGUAAACGAAGCCAAUGCGAAAGUAAAGAAAGUUGUUCCCGUUACAUUAUCACCCCCAGGUAGUACUCCGUGGCAGCAUCAAGGAAGUAUGUUACCUACUCCUCCAUCUCCAUCGAGUCUAUCGUCUGGGUCCGUAUCACCCUCAAAACACGACGCGUCGUGGGUAACAACGGAUCUAAGUCUAUCGUCCUGUAGUAUAAGCAGCGACAAGCGAGGUUCGCAGUACUGGCAUUCGACUCCUAUUUCGGAAUGGAGCAAAGACCAGGUCUCCCAGUGGCUGCUUGGAAUUGGAAUGGAAAACCAUAUUCCGAAGUUUGUAGAAUUGGACGUCAAUGGCCAGGCUCUUCUCUUGUUAACAUCGGCGGAUUUCAAAAUUCUCGGAAUUGCAAGUGACGAUAAAAGUUACUUGAAGCGGAAAAUAAAGGAAUUGAAAAUACAAAAUGAGAAAGAACGUAAACAGAUGGAACGAAAUAGAAAAGAGAAAGAAAAGCUCCUACGGAAAGCUGAGAAAGCAAAUAAGAAAAAGUAAUAAAUCAAAUAAGCGAAUGGACACGUCGGCCUAGGAAAUUGAAAUAACAUUAGGUAAAAUAUUAACUAUUUAUCUUUAGUGGACACCUGUGAAUGGUGUAUUAUACAUAAUUGCUGUAAAUGUGACUUUCUUGUAUCAGGACAUUAUUUUAUUAUUUAUAUGUAUAGCAAGAGUGUGAAUUUUGAAAUCAUUCAUUGCAAUUUUUUAACGUUUGUGUGAUAAUAGUGUAUGUCAUGAUUUUUUUAUCUUU